UGAAGUCAGUGCCUUCAACUGGACUCCUCAGAACACCUGCGGAUGAGAGCGACAGGAACCCCGACUCAGACGGAGCGCGCCGGUGUUAACAGGUUUUUUUCUGGAGUUUGAGUUCUGCAGCAUUUCUCGGAGUAGAGAGGCAGCUGGACCCAGGAUCAUCAUGAUACCAUGGUGGCCAAACUGUUAGGGCUGGCCUUUCUUUGUCUCACGACCAGUCCUUUCACCUUUACUGCGCACGGCACGUCACUGUAUCCCGUCCCGACUUCGUCUGUGAAGAUCAAUCCAAACUGGGAGGUGGUCUACCAGGACGCCGAGGUUUACGGUGUGGUGGGCAGGGCGGUGAUCCUGGAGUGUGGCGCCACCUUGCCUGAUAUUUACAUAUGGAGCUUCACCAAGCCCGGCAGCGACGCCAUCACAGCAGUGGUGUAUAACCUGGGGAAAGGGCCGAGGAUCCAGAAGUUUGCUGAAACACUCGGACAGCUGGCGAUCAUCUCAAACAGUGCGGCCGUGAGCAUCGAGAAGCUGCCUCUUGCUGCUCAUGGCCUGUUCACGUGCCAGGCCUUCUACAAUAUCGACAAAGAGCCCAUAGUCUACUAUUACUACGUCCACCUCACCGUCAGAGUCCCCGUCACUAAGCCGUACCUUUUGCUGAGCGAUGUGUCUCCGGUGGAAGGGUCCACAAUGUGGAUGCGAUGCAACCUGGAGAACGGGACGGGCCCAAUACAGUACGUGUGGCAGCAUGAAACCCGUGGCGGCAACGUCACCGUCAUGGCCCAGGGCAGCAGCAACGUCAUCAACGUGACGGACGUCAACCGAAACCACACGGGCUGGUACCGCUGCGUGGCCACCAAUGACGUCAACAGCGAGAGCUCCAACCGCCUGUGGCUGGACACCAUCUUCGGUCCGGACGUUCCCCGGAUAGACGUCACCCCGUAUACCGUGACAGAGCGGGGCUACUCAGCUCUGGAGAGAGAGACGGUCUCAUUGAUGUGUCAAGCCCAGUCCAAUCCCAUCAGUCAGUACGUUUGGUUCUACAACAACUCCCAGGUGUACAGCGGGCCGCAGUUCACCAUCACCAAGAUCCUUCGCAUGCACACGGGAGACUACGCCUGCUUGGCCCAGAACACGUACCUGAACACCCAGUCCAAAAAGACCAUCAGCCUUACUGUCUACUACCCUCCUGACGGCUCCCCCUCCUGCUCUGUGGCGCCCGCUCUGAAUCACACCGCUCUGAAGCUGCUCUGCGACUGGCCCGGUGGGUUCCCCUCCCCGUCCCUGGACUGGACCGGAGACCUGGCGCAGGCGGCAAAACCCCCGGCUAACAAAGACCAACAACUCAAUCUACAGAGCGGCUCGGCCGUCCUCCUACCCUCUCAGAACCUGACGCCUAACAACAGCCUGUUCAGAUGUGUGGGCUCCCAUCCGGCUCUAAAACAAUCUGCGGAGUGCAGCACACGCUCGUAUAUCCCCCCUGCAGAACCGGUGUGCUUCGCCUACGUCACAAACAAUCAGCAAUAUCUCAUGCUGUCCUGCUCCUGGGAUGGAGGGGCCCCAAAGGCCUUGGUGUGGUGGGAGGGACCAGGGGGCCAAAGCAAAGGAGGACAAGAAAACUCCAACAUCCUGGUCCUCCGUUAUGGGGCUGCCCGAAGCGGUAAACCCUACACCUGCUACGCUAAACACCCGCUUCUGAUGGAAGCAAAGAGCUGCACGCUCACACUCGAGGCCCCCGUCCUGUUGACGCAGCGCAGAGUCGUGUCUGUGUACGAAGGGAGUGACGUGCAGCUCACCUGCAAUCUGAGAGCCAAUUACCUUCCAGCCAACGACAUCACCUGGUUCAACAAUCAGGGCGUGGACGUGCGAGAAACCUCAAAGUACAUGCUGCUGCGAACGUCCGCCUGGGCCAACCUGACCGUGAGAGAUGCCGAAGAGACGCAGGACAGCGGCGAGUACAGAUGCUCCACUUCAAACGCGGUGGGAGGCGCUGAAAUCAACGUCACUCUGGUGGUCAAGAAACACCCGAUGCCACCAAAUGCGACCCUGAUCAUGGCGAUGUACAACAGCCCGAAGCGUAACGAGGUGGAGCUGGAGUGGCAGGUAGAAGGUGCGGAGGAGAACGGAGGUUGGACUGGUUUCCACCUGGAGCACCAGUGGGUGUCUGAGCGACCGCGCAGGAGAGGAGGCCGCAACGAAUCACAGCUAUGGACGGAGGAGAGGAUCGGUCCCCAGGACUGGUUCCGUACCAUCAUCGAGGAUCCAGGCGUCAGGAAGCACACGGUUCGAGGGCUGACCCCAACUGUGACGUACCAGUUCCGCGUCAUACCCAUCAACCACCGCACCAUCGGACACCCCUCUCCUGCAAAAACUCCAGCGGAACCCCGCUACAACAUGUACCCUGCUGUGGUUGGAGCAGCUAUAGGCGGGAUGCUCUUUGCAGCCAUCCUCACAGUGCUGCUGCUCGUGUUCAUAAUCCGCAACCGCAACAACAAUCCCAGACUGCACGACAUGCUGUUUGGCAUGCAGCACAGCCAGUCAAGAGAGAACAUAAAUUUUCCAGAGGAUGAAAUGGUCAGAGGGUCAGAUGGAGGAAUAGAGGACAUCGGUGGAUCAUCCCUUCCAGGGCCAGUGGUCUCUAUACCCAGGGCAUCCUCGCCCCUCACCACGUCACCCAGGAGUGCCACUCCCACGCCCGCCACCAGCCAAGCUCCUCCCACCGGAGAGGAUAACGAGCCCGUCAGCGUCACAAUCACAGUCAAGGCUGCAGGAUCCUAAACUAAUCAAAGCUAUCAGCUGUAGUUUAAAGUGGACCUCUUGUUGUAGCAGUCUGGUGCACUUCGCGUUGUCUCAAUAAACCUGAAGUAACAUUUAGACGUUCUUGUACAAAAACAAAACAACCCAUAGCAAACCUUUGUCAUCCAGUCACUUCUAGCACGAGCUGAACAGUUAAUUUAAUGUGUAUAAUAUGUACAUGUGUUUUUUAAUUAACUCUUUGCCUUAGCAGUCCUCUGUUUAUUUCGGUUUUUAACCUUUGAAUGCUUUUAGAUUUUCACGGUGAACAAUAAGACAAUCCGUUUGUGUCUCAAUCAGUUAAAUGAUCCUAGCAGGAUUUUCUCAUUAUCACAGAUUAUAGUAAACAGGAUGUUGUUGUUUUUUCUAUUUUAUUCAGCUUUGAACUUCAGCAUAUAAAAACAUAACCAGUCUUUACAAACAGCACAUUGAGGGAAACUGGAACCAAUUCAUCACUACAGAGAACCUGACUCUAGACUUGCUCUUUUAACUUUAAAUCAAUUAGGAACAAAACAAACAAGUGUUGACAUGAACAUGUAAAUAUAUACAGUUUUUUUUCCUCUGAA